GAAAUAGUAAAAAUAUUUAAUAUUUAGAAAUAAUGCAAAUUCGCAUUCAUUCUGUUCCUUCAGUCAGUUUGAAACUUACCUGUGUGGAAGGAACGGAACUCCAAAACUCGACACUUGAUAGUUGAGGUCCUCAUUGUCGAUGAUGCUAUAAUGUGGCCAUAAUACACUUGGCACGUGUUUUCGGGAUGAAAUUCAACAUUUGAAAAAGUGAAAAACCAAACGCAAUAUGACAAAAGUACGCAAACAAAAGCGCAAGAAGAGGUUCAGAGCGAACGUGAAUCGCAAACGUUUGCGAAACAAACUUCAAAAACUACCGAAAAUCGAUUGCAAAGAAAUUGAAAAUGAGUGGGAGCGCAAGAAAUCGAUACGCUCAAAUUUAAAUGAAAUGGGCCUAACAUACGAUCCUAACGAGGUUUUGCAAAUUCGUUCAAUAAAGCAAGAUUUGAUUGGAGUUAUUAAGCGGGAUAAAAUUAUCACCGAGAAUAAUGUUCAGGAAGUAGAUGAAGAAGAUUCUACGAAUCAAAUAAAUCUUUUCAAACGAGAGAUCCAUGUUGCCAACGAUCUCGAAAAUGAAGCCAAGGCACCAAGGGAACGCUUAUUCCGUCUGCCCAAGAAUCAGGUUCAAUUUAUCACUUAUAUGAUGGAAAAGUAUGGAGAUGAUUAUAAGGCUAUGGCUAGGGAUAAAAAGAAUUAUUACCAAUUGACUUGGUGCCAAAUCCGAGGUAAAAUAAACAAAUUCAAAAGUAUACCAGAGCAGUAUGCAGAAUACCUUUUGAAGACUGGUGAAAUUGUACUCGAUGAUCCAACGCCGCUUGAAGAAACCAAGAAAAGGAUCGGUGAAGAGAAUGCAAUGAAAUAUCGUGUUCCGAAAAAACAAAAAGUUGCAAAAAAAAGAAAAUCACUGUGGGAAGUUGAGUCCAUUGGAGAUGACGAUGAGACUGAUGAAUUCCAUAUUGGCAAUAAAAAUUUGAGUGAUGAUACAAACAAUGCCAAUAGUAUUCACAGCAAGAAUGGAUUGAAAAAAUUGAAACUAUUCUCUGACGAUGAGAGUGAUGCUGAACAUGCUGAUGGAUUUGUUAAUCUGAGCGAUAUGGGCGAGGAAGAACUUUCGGAAGAUGAUAUAUUAGACGAUGGUGAAUUCCUAACAGACAGCAAUGAUGAGAGUGAUUAAAAUAGUACCCUCUUUUUGUAUUGUACAAAAUUCAUAUCUUUUCUGACCCAGUAUUGCUGUAAAUAUAAUAAUAAAAAUUCUGUUAUAAAAAUCUAAAA